UUGUAGAAUGAACAUCCUGCUUAGUUUUUAGAGUGUUUUACGAUAACACUAAUAAUAAUAUUUACUACUUUACUGAACUUCAGAAGAGUGAAUAUAUGCGCAUAAUAUGCACGUAUGUUUGCUUUUAUGUAUGUAUGUGUGUGAGUGUGUGUGUUUUAGUAUUCAUUCAUACUUAAAUACACACAUACACACACAUAGAAUAAGCUUCGUGAUCGAGGUGACAGUAGCCAAAUAUCUUAUUAAUAUAUCUAUGUAUGUAUGUAUGUACGUAUAUAUUUGCAGAGGUGAUCUGAUCAUAUGCCUUCCGCUUUUCUAAUUAAUAAAUUUUUGUUGUUCCCAAUUUUUGUCGCUAAGUCGUUCACUCAUUCUCUCUCUCUCUUCCUGCGUGUCUUCAUUUAUGCAUGACUUGAUUUAAAUAAUCGCAGUGCAUUCUUAACACAGUCACAUUGAAGAAAGUGGUAAUUGUGUAAACAAACCUACAAAUGCAUGAAAUAAAAUAAAAAUUGGUUACUUCAUGGUUGCUAACUGCAAUUUUUUGGCAUUAAUAAUAAUAGUAUUUUGUAAUCAUAUGUAUUAUACUGAGGAUUUCUUUAUUAGAACAUAUCAAGUUGUCAUUAAUUAUGAAUUUUCAUCAUUAUUUGAUUGUACUGCAUUUGAUUGUUACCUUAUAUUUCCGCUAUUGGUUAUUUAGAGGAAUAUGAUUUUAUUGAGGUUAAAAGUAACAUUUAUUGUGAUAAAAUAUGAAGCAUGUUUAUAAAAAUCAUAAACCUUACAUUUGAUUGUACAGUUUGCAAAUAAUAAUCAUAAACAGAGUAUCUUUGCCUUCGUUAAUUCUUCUCAGUCAAUCUGUUAUCACCCCCUCUUCUUUCGUGUCCCUACUUCAUUUCACUUCUCCGCUAACACAAAUUGUCAUUGUUUAUCCGAAGACGUUAGUCGACAUACCGUUGUUUUUUUAUUCAUUGCCCACCCAAAGGGGAAAUUAGGCCUUCAAAUUUUGAGUUUUCAAUUUUCGGUAGGAGUGUUGGUGGUAGGGGUUCUUACCUUCAUGCACAACCUUCCCUCAUUGUGAGAUUACUAACAGCUAAUAAACUAAAUGAGGUUUAAGACUGCAUUGGCCAGGAAUUGAUAACUCCAUAACUCCCUUGAGGUUUGAGAGCAUUCUACUCUUGAACCACCGAUGAAGUACUCGAUAAACUAUUUAAAUCCAUAUAUAAGUCGUAUACACUACAGAAAUGCCCGGUUUAAUGGCAUUAAGAAAACGUGCUAAAACUGAUCAGCCUUUAAAAGGGGCUAAAGUUCUUGGCUGUACACAUGUGACUGCACAUACUGCUGUCCUUUUGGAAACAAUGGUUUGUCUUGGUGCUCAAGUUCGAUGGUGCGCUUGUAAUAUAUAUUCAACUCAAAAUGAAGUUGCUGCAGCCUUGGCAGAGGCCGGUUUUCCUAUAUACGCAUGGAAAGGUGAAACUGAAGAGGAUUUCUGGUGGUGCAUUGAUCGGUGCAUAUCUGCUGAAGGUUGGACUCCCAAUGUGGUUUUAGAUGAUGGUGGUGAUUUGACUCAUCGUCUACACAAAGAACAUAAAGAAUUACUACCUGGAAUAUGCGGAAUUGUUGAAGAAAGUGUAACUGGGGUUCAUCGACUUUAUCAAUAUGUUAAGUCUGGUACACUGGGUGUUCCAGCAAUGAAUGUUAGUGAUAGUAUAACAAAAUCGAAAUUUGAUAAUUUCUAUUUGUGCAAAGAAUCUAUUGUUGAUGCUUUAAAACGAACUACAGACAUGAUGAUCAGUGGAAAGACUGUGUUAGUGUGUGGUUAUGGCGAAGUUGGAAAAGGUGUUUGUCAAGCUUUGAGAGGAUUAGGCGCAUUUGUUUGCAUUUCUGAAAUUGAUCCAAUUUGUGCUCUUCAAGCUUGUAUGGAUGGUUUUCGUGUUGUCAAAGUUGACGAAGUUAUUCGAUCUGUUGAUAUUGUGGCUACAUGUACAGGGAAUAAAGGUGUUAUUACUAGAGCACUUAUGGAUCAGAUGAAAAGUGGUUGUGUUGUCUGUAAUAUGGGUCAUUCUAAUACUGAAAUUGAUGUUCGAUCCCUACAAACUCCUGAUUUAACUUGGGAACGUGUUCGAUCACAAGUAGACCAUGUUAUUUGGAACGAUGGAAAGCGUAUAAUUCUUAUAGCUGAAGGACGUUUGGCAAAUCUAAGCUGCUCAACUGUUCCUUCGAUUGUUGUCUCUGUUAGCGCCAGUACUCAAGUGUUAGCUCUUAUUGAAUUGUACAAUGCUCCCGCUGGUCGUUAUAAAAGUGAUGUUUACUUGCUACCGAAAAAAAUGGAUGAAUAUGUGGCAACCUUACAUCUUCCACUGUUUAACGCUCGAAUCACAGAAUUGACAGAUGAACAAGCUCGAUAUUUGGGUGUGAAUAAAACAGGUCCAUUCAAGCCAAGCAAUUACAAGUACUGAAGAAGUCACUAUUUCUACGUUUCAAUUUUCUUCUCCAUCCUCUUGAUUGUCGAUGCGUUAACAAAUUGAGAAAAUGUCUUCCCGUCUCUGUAAUUUAGCUCAACUUUUGUGGCAGUUAACACAAGGAAACACGAGAAUCUGUAUAAUUCUACUUAUGAUGUGUGUGUGUGUCUGUGUACGCAUGCAUAUAUCAAUGUGUUUAUUUAUAUCAUAUUAGUGACUAAUCUCCUCUUUUUUUGUUCCUGCUGAUUUUGAUUUUGUUACUUUUAAGCACAUUCCAGUUCAUUCUGUAGCAAUAAACCAGCUGUCUCGUUUGUUUGUUUGUUUUUCAUUCUUUUUUCUCAGUUUCUCAGACUUUCCAUAUCCUACUCAAAAUGGAAUGGUUUAAAUUGUGAUUUUCUUGUGGGAUUUUUCUCUUGAUGAUAAGUUUUACUAGAGUCUAUAGUAUAACUGCAUUCUGGUGUGAAGUUCUUCACAUCAUCCGUUAAGUCUAUAGUGCCUGAUUAUAUGACUAAGCAUUUUCUUCCUUAUCUAUUUCCUCUCUUUUUCUUUUUACUCAUUAGUAGUUUUGAUAAAUUUAAUGUGAAAUGUGAAAUACUACUACUUACUAUUCUAUGUACGUUUUCAAAAUAAUUAUGAUAAGCACUGAUCAUCUAAUCUGUGGUAGAGAAUAACAAAUUGAUAUUAGACACAACUCUCGACUUAUUGAUCUUGAUUAUUCGAUGUUAAAUUUUUCUUACUAUGUAUGGAUUCAGUUUCUGUCUAUAUAUAUAUAUAUAUAUAUAU